GCCAUGCCGGGUUUUGGCCCCCUUGUCUCCCAGUCUUGGCUCAGUGCCGCAGAGCGCGAUGCAUUGUGGGAAUGACCGUUCAGGACUGCGUGGUGGGAGGCCGCAAUCUCUCUAAUGAGACUGUCUCCGCCUCGUCCCGCCGCAGGGUCCGCUCCGCCUCCCUCUGUCCCUACCGUGGACCCUGGAGCUGAGAGGCCUCAGCUUCCCUGGAAGGUGAAGGGUGGAGAGGACACACCCCCAGGAGCCCACUCCUCCCUUGAGAUCUUCCCCCAGGCUGGAGGGCAGCACCUGAGGUGAAGGAGUAGCCCCAGGCUCCGUGGAUGGGGCAGUGACUCCAGGCAGUCAGAGCAGGGAGAGCCCAGCCAGGACGGGGACCAUGGCAGAGCUGGUGCUGGUGCCAGAGGGGAGAGGAGCUCAGCCUACACGACAUGAGGAGGGAAUGAACUCUGGCUUCCUGACAGUGAGAAUUCAGGCAUCAGUGACAUUCAGGGACGUGGCUGUGGACUUCAGUGGGGAGGAGUGGAGAUGUCUAGCACCUGCCCAGAGGGCCCUGUACAGGGAUGUGAUGUGGGAGACCUAUGAGAACCUCGUCUUCCUAGGAAUUCCUGUUUGCAUACUGGACGUGAUCUCCCUGUUGGAGAGAGAAGCACCAUGGAGGUCCAAGGGAGAGAUUCACAGAGGCCUUUGUCCAGAUUUCCUUCAUGAGAACAGGUUUGAAAGCAAGGAUUCAAGUCUGAUACAGGGCGUUUGCAUGGGAGCAUCAUUCAAGAAAAGGCUGCCUAAGGAUAUGGUAGUCAGGCAUUGCAAGAUAGGAGAAGCUAGGGAAUGUGAUGUUUCUUUGGAGAAACAGAAGUACAAGCAGGAGAGACAAUCCAGACAAGUAACAGUCACUCCCAGAACAACUUUUAAUAAAAUGGUCCUACCUCACUGUUCUCCAUUUGGGAGAAAUUUGAGUCUGAGGUCAAUCUUGAUUUCACUGUGCAGAGAGACGAUGGGAAAAUGUCUCCAUCAAUAUAAGACACAUGGAAUGAGCUUCCAGAAUUAUCCUGACCUAAUUACAUGUAAUACACUUUCUUUAGGGAGGAACCUUUCCAAGUAUUACAAAUGCAGGAAGCCCUUCAGUUACCACUCAGAUGUAGUUAAAUUUUAUAGAAUACAUGAUGGAAGUAAGUUAGCACAUAUUAAACACACUGAAUAUGAGAAAGCCUUCAGCCACAGGCGAAGCCCAACUAAACAAAAGAUUCAUAUUAGAAAUAAAUCCUUUGCAUAUAAUGAAUGUAAGAAAGACUUUACUUGGAAAGCAAACCUUAUUUGCCACCAGAAAACUCAUACUGAAGAGAAACUCUUUCAUCAUAAUGAAUGUGGAAAAACCUUCAACAGGAGGGAUGACCUUUCCAGACAUAAGGGAACUCAUACCGCAGAGAUAUCUUUUGCAUGUAAUGAAUGUGGCAUAAGCUUUAAGCACUGGUCAAAUCUUUUUACCCAUCAAAGGACUCAUACAGGAAAGAAACCUUUUGUGUGUAAUGAAUGUGGGAAAGCCUUCAGUGAGAGUGUAGUACUCAAAAGCCAUCAGAGAAUUCAUACUGGAGAGAAACCCUUUGAAUGUAAUGAGUGUGGGAAAGCAUUUAGCCAGAGGGGACAUCUUAUUACCCAUCAGAGAAUUCAUACUGGAGAGAAACCCUUUGCAUGUAAUUCAUGUGGGAAGGCUUUCAGCCAACGUGAAAUACUCAAAAGCCAUCAGAGAAUUCAUACUGGGGAAAAGCCUUUUGUAUGUACUAAAUGUGGGAAAGCCUUUAGGCAUAGGUCAAGCCUUAUUAUCCAUCAAAAAAUUUAUAUUAGGGAGAAGCCCUUUGCAUGUGAAGAAUGUGGAAAAGCCUUCAGUAAGAGCGAAGUACUCAGAAACCAUCAAAGAAUUCAUACAGGAGAGAAACCCUUUGCAUGUAAUAAAUGUGGAAAAGCAUUUAGGUAUAAUUCUAGCCUUAAAACCCAUCAGAGGACUCAUAGUGGGGAGAAACCUUUUGAAUGUAAUGAAUGUGGAAAAUCCUUCAGUGAGAGUGUAGUACUCAAGAGGCAUCAGAGAAUUCACACUGGAGAGAAACCUUUUGAAUGUAAUGAAUGUGGAAAAUCCUUCAGUGAUAGUGUAGUACUCAAAAGCCAUCAGAGAAUUCAUACUGGUGAGAAACCCUUUGAAUGUAAUGAAUGUGGGAAAGCAUUUAGCCAGAGGGGACAUCUCAUUACCCAUCAGCGAAUACAUACUGGAGAGAAACCAUUUGCAUGUAGUGAAUGUGGGAAAGGUUUCAGAAAUAGGACGAAUCUUAUCACUCAUCAUAGAACUCAUACUGGGGAGAAACCCUUUGCUUGUUGUGAGUGUGGGAAAGCUUUUAGCAGGAGGGAACAUCUUACUAGACAUCAGAGAACUCAUACUGGAGAGAAACCCUUUGCAUGCAAUGAAUGUGGGAAAGCCUUUAGGCACCGGUCACACCUUAUUACCCACCAGAGAACUCAUACUGGAGAGAAACCCUUUGUGUGUGAUGAAUGUGGGAAAACCUUCAGCCAGAGUGAAAUACUCAAAAGCCAUCAGAGAAUUCAUACUGGGGAAAAGCCUUUUGUAUGUACUGAAUGUGGGAAAGCCUUUAGGUAUAGGUCAAGCCUUAUUAUCCACCAAAGAACUUAUAUUGGGGAGAAACCCUUUGCAUGUGAUGAAUGUGGGAAAGCCUUCAGUGAGAGUGAAGUACUGAAAAGCCAUCAAAGAAUGCACACUGGAGAGAAACCUUUUGAAUGUAAUGAAUGUGGGAAAGCCUUCCGCCAUAGAGGGCAUCUUAUUAAUCAUCAGAGAACCCAUAGUGGAGAGAAACUCUUUUCAUGUAGUGAAUGUGGUAAAGCCUUCAGUGAAAAUGAAUUACUCAAAAUCCAUCAGAGAAGUCAUACUGGUGAGAAACCCUUUGAAUGUAAUGAAUGUGGGAAAAGCUUCAGCAGGAGGGAACACCUUAUUAACCAUCAGAGAAUUCAUACAGGAGAGAAACCUUUUGCUUGUCAUGAAUGUGGGAAGGGCUUCAGCCAAAGGGGGAAUCUUAUUAUCCAUCAGAGAAUUCAUACUAGGGAGAAACCCUUUGUACAUAGUGAAUGUGGGAAAGCUUCCAUUGAGAGUGUGGUACUCAAAAGCCAUCAGAGGAUUCACACUGAAGAGAAAUCCUUUGAAUAUGAAGAAUGUAGGAAAGGUUUCAGCCAUAUGACAAAUUAUUUCUUAUCAGCAAACUGAUACUGGGGUAGAUACUUUCUGUACAAUUAAUAUAGAAAAGUCUUUAGUGAGAAUAAAGUACUCAAGUUAGAGAAUUCAGUGCAGAUAAGUCUUUUCAAUGUAUAGAAGCUUUCUGCAGAUUACUAAUCACAUAACUCAUUGGAGAGAGACCAUUUACAUUUCUAUGAAUUUGGGAAAGACUUCAGUGGAGAGGGAAGUACUUAAAGAAUGUGCACUAGUGGGAAACCCCCCGGUAUAAUGGAUGUGGGACAAAUAUUGUUGAAAAUGUUAUUAACGGGGGCAGCUAGAUGGCGCAGUGGAUAGAGCACCGGCCCUGGAGUCAGGAGUACCUGAGUUCAAAUCCGGCCUCAGACACUUAAUACUUAACUAGCUGUGUGACCCUGGGCAAGUCACUUAACCCCAAUUGCCUCACUAAAAAAAAAAAAAAACAAAACAAAAAACAGAAAAUGUUAUUAACCAUCAGAGAAUCCAUACUAGAGAAAAAAUUCUUUGUAUGUAAUUAAUGUGGAAGGCCUUUAACCAACUUAGAAUUGUAUUUGCCUGUUAGCAAAUCUUAUUUCUCAUCUAAUAAAUCAUACUGGAAACUUUUUAGAUGUAACAAAUAUGAGGAAAUCUGUAGACAAACCUUAUUAGAGGUGUUGAAACAUUUUUAAUGUAAUAAAAUGAAUAAUUGCUUAUGAUUCCAUGUUGACUUGGCUUGGGGGGGGUCCUCUAAAGUAAGUGAGGAAUCU